AUGAAAUGUGACCCUUGCCCCCAAAACAUGGCCCCUGUAGUACAAGAAAUAAAGCAAAUGCAGGACGACUUCGAAUCGCGCCUUACCAUGAAAAUUUGCGCACUACUCAACGAGCAAUUUAAUGAAUUUAAGACUUCGGUAUUUGAAAAAAAUUGCAAUUUAACCAAUAAGAUUGACAAAUUAGAAAAAAUAAUCCUAAAAAUGGACAAAGAUAAUAGUGCAUCAACGCAGGGAUAUGCAGCGGCGGUACAGCACCCAUUGAACCUAGAUAAUGGGAAGACUAAGCCGAAAGUAAAAUCUGGCCCUCAGGAGAAAAAAUAA